GAAGCCAGGGCAUGAUUGGACGAGGUCAUGUGAGACGCCUGAACUCGCCCAGCAAUUGAGUGAAGAUAAGGAUGUCUCUUUGAAUGGGAUCACAGUAGAAUAUAAUAAAAUGGAGACGUCUGGAGCGAGUCCUCCCAGGCCAUAUUUGCGGGCUCGAAGACGGGUUAGACAACGAGUUGAUGCGGGGGAACCAAGGAAUUCUUACUCAUCAAUACCUGGGUUCAGUUUUAGACACAAUCAAAUGCAGACGCAUUUCCAACAUCGUACUUCAGGUCAACAAUUGUCAAGGUAUCAUCAAAUGCAGCAGCAGCAGCAGCAGCAACACCAGCAGCUACAUCAACAACAACAUCAUCAUCACCACCUUCACCAUCAUCAACAACAACAACAACAGCAGCAACAGCAAGCUUAUCCUCAAUUUCAGCAUCUAGGACAAAAACUAAUGUCACACACUCGGGAGCAUUACGAGAGCAAAACUGUCGGCAAUAUGGCUUUAUCUAACAAUAAUGUGAGCAGCUCUAGUCACUUUGGCUUGUCGGAUCGGGCCGAGGAUGGCCCAUCUCCAUGUCAUAAUAGUGGUUCAAUGUAUCAGCGAGACCUCGCCCUGAAUAACACAAGUGCAAGUUUAGGAAAUUUAAAAUUGCGCCAUCCUUCGAACGUGACUAAUAUGAACAACAAUUCGAAUAGCCCGAGGGCGAGUCAAACAGGCUGUGGUGAUGGAAACAGUGGUGCCAAAUACCUGACCUCAUCUGAGAUAGGUCCAAGAUCCCCUCAUCAGCAACAUCCACCCCCUGUUCCUCCUCCUUUACACUUUGCUCCUCACCACCAUCCUUAUCUCAGGCAAAGGUUUCAACAACAGUUCUAUCGCGGAAUGCUUCCACAUGUGGCUGGAACUCGGGGAGGACGAAUGCCCGCUCCCAAUGGGCCUUUAAGUGCGUUUCCAAGUCCAAAUAUGAGUUCGCAGCAAUUCCAUUCUCAGCAUAUGCAGCAAAUGAUGCAACAAGCAGCUGCAGCCAUGCAAGCUCGGGCGCAAUUUCUCUAUCAACAACAACGAUUCGAAGAGGCCCAACAGCUGAGACGGCAAUCACAAUACCAGGAGAAUUCCCUCUCGAAAUCAGAAUCAUUGACUGAGACCGAUAACGAGAACUCAGUCGUUGAGCAAGAAAGUGAGAAGAAUUUGAAGACAAAUUGCCAGUUGUUUUCAACCUCAUCAUCCUCGUCCAGCUCCAAGUUACUUUCAUCUUCGGACUCGGGAAACGGUGACUCGCUCCAUGAUCACGGUCUGUUGGGCUCUCGAGGCAUUCUCCUUAACGAGAGUGACGCCAAUUCGAAGGGGAAGCUUGAAGGAGCAGAACAAUUUGCUCGAAAACGUGAAGGAGCUCUUGGGCCACGAUCGACGGUGUGCUCUGGUGUGAUCGAAAAUGGCGGCCAGCAUCUUAAUUCUGAAGGGGAAGAGGUGGUGGACCACGAGGAUCUGAGGAGCGCUCCCAAUCAGCCAGGCCAGGCGGCAUCUCCAAGUGCUGCCUCACCUUCGGCCUUCGUCGUUGGCGAAGAAAAGGAACGAGACGCUGCGGAAGAGACUGAGAGGCCAACGGGAGAACGCGCAACACCCUCGGCUUUAGAACGGGCUCUGUGUCGAGGGCAACGAACACAAGACACUCCAAGGGAAGAGGGCCACUUCAGAAGUCGAAUCCCUCCAUCAGCUGGUGGUGCUGGUGGUCCUGAUGGUGGUGGUGGUCCUGGUGAUGAUGAUCAUAGUGGUAGUGAGGGAAGAAUACAAGGCGGAGGAGGAGGAGGAGGAGGAGGAAGCAACAACAACGGGUGUAGCAGCACGGUAAAAGGAGCAGAUGAACAGAGUGGUGGUGGUGGUGGUAGUGCUGGUGGUGAUGAAGAGCAUGAGGACGAUAAGGAGACCUCGAUCCAAGCUCUGACAUGCUUUGACAAUAGUGAAGGCGCUGGACCAAACAGCGGGGCAACAACAGCCAGCACGAGCAAAGAGACUCCAACUAACGUCGGCGCUGACGGGGACGACGACAACAAGAACGGAGGAGCGAACCUUCAAGAAGGACAGGAAUUAACAAAGCCAGAUGCUUUGCUUGACACUCCAGACGCCUCUUAUGUGGCUCUGAGGGAUCCACGAACGACUGCUACUCGUUCUCCUCUUGCUCCUCCAGAGUUGGCUCCUCGUGCCCUAGAAGACGAACAAGACGACGGGGAGAACGGAAAGGAGAGAAGGCAAGAAGAACUAUUCCGAGACUCAACCUCGAAGGACUCGGACGUGGUGACUCAAGUGUCUGGAAGUUGUCGUAGUUACCACCAUCUGAACAAUUCCGUGUCAUCCACUACUGAUAGCAGUAGCAAUAGUAGUAACGCGAAAAGAAAUCCUCACUUGGUGAACCAGUUGCAAUUACAAAGAAAGGAACUGCUUAGUGGUGUUGGAGUGGGUGAUUGCCAUAGUGAUCCCGUGUGUGGGCCAAUCAAUUACCUGCGAUCACCCUUUUUCGGGACACCGCAUCUGAGCCCCAAGCCGUUUUCUCGCCUCUGCUACCCACCUUUGUCUUUACCCACACCACAUCCUCAGCAUCCUCAUCACCUUCCAACUCAACUCCCACAUCCUCAAAACUUUCUUGGAGGAGUGCAUCCUCCGCCAUUGUAUCCACCUGUGGCCAAUAAUGCCCAUCUUUUCUUGAGGGAGGUCUUGCACGGCAAAUUGGCUUUGGCUGCUGCGGUAGCUCAAAGACAGUACUUUAACGGUGAAUCAAUCAACCCCGACCAAGAGAGCAAAGCGAUGGAGCCUGGAUUGGGUGUGAUGACCAAUGGUCACCAUUCGUCUCCCAGAGAUUUUUCAUCCAAUUCGUCUCGACACAACAACAACGACUUGAAAGAAUCCACAGCGGCCUCGAUCAUGUCACACUUUUUGAAGGUAAGACAAGAAAUGGCUCUGAAUAUGUCCAUGGACCGGGAUGCUGCCCAGACCUCGUCUUCUCCGAAGAGAAUCGAGGAGGAAGAAGAGGAAGACGAGGAAGAGUUGGUAGGACAUGACGAGGAACUGGAAGAGGACUCUGAGCUUCCUUUAAAUUUGCAAGAUAAGGCCGAGCCUGAAGAGGGCUCAAAGCCCGAAGAUGGGCGUACCUCCGUUCAAAGUGGCAGCGAUGUCGAGCUGAAUGCAGUUGAAUCAGGUUCCCCUCGAUCUCCCGGCGGUUCUGAUGCCGGCAUGUCCAGCUCGUCUGGCAAGGACUCAAAAUCAGCCCGAUUGGAGAGCAUAGUGUCUUCCAUGAGGUCCUCCCCACUUCCCCCUGUGAACGGGUGCAAGAAGAGAAAGCUGUACCAACCAGUUCAGCACGAGCGUGAGGUGAGCAGUUCGAGCGGGGGAGGAAAAAUUGAGGACAAAGCGGCCUCGCCCUCCGAGGACGUCGUCUCAGAUGGAGAGAAUGACCGAGAUGAGAACAGAAAUAAGGAGGAACCCGAAGAGAAGCGAAAAAGGAAAGAGGACCACUUUAGACAAAUGCAAGAGCAAAUCAGUCGGCUGCACAACCAAAAAUUCAACCUCAACCAAAGACCCAUUGAUGAAAACACCGAUCCCACCGUUCAUGAUCUCAGACAAGUUGACGAGACUCGAAGAAAGUCCGAGAUGAUUCGCAAGCCUCACUUGAGCCAAUUGUUGAAUGGCUUGGGUGGGCCUGGAACUCAGUUACCUGGAUUCCCUCCCCGUGAGAAUAUGAACCCUCUUCAGCUCCAAUAUAUGGAGAUGGCUCGGCGAGUGAUGCAAGAGCAACAAGAUAAAUUGACCAAAGAUGCGAUCACAAAGGAGAUCAUCAACGAGACUAUUACGCACAAUUCGGAAAUUGCUGAAAAGUUGAUCGCCAUCAGCCCGGAACUCAAAGGCCUGGCUGACAUCCUGAAGACUGAGAUUACAGCAUCGUUGGCCAUCAUCAUCGAUUCGAUUGUCGGGCGAUUUUUGCAAAACAGACGACAAAACCAACAACAACAGCAGCAACAACAACAACAACAGCAACAACAGCAACAACAACAUCAGCAAAAGCUUCAUCAAGCUCAGCUUCCUCCAACUAUUCCUCCUCAUCCGUCUAUGGCCAAACCUUUUUCAAUGGAUGAUCCCCUGGGUCUGAAAUUUGACUCCCCCAAACCCCAUGGCCAUUCUGGGAGAGCCCCUCAGGUUCGGGAUAGAGCAGCUCCCAGACUGGCGUCCAACCCUUUGUCAAUGGCUAACCCUUUGUCAUUGAAUCAUUCCAUUAACACUCCUGCACGCAGUUUGGCCAACAGCCAAACCAUUCCAGCCUCGAUUCGACCUCCAUGCAGUUCGGCCAGCUUCACCGAAUUCAUUGCCAACCAAAGUCGGGACCAUUCGGAGCGAGAACAGAACUCUCCUUCUGUCAAUAGUGAUAUCACGGCACGUGAUGACGACUCGGACAACAUGCCCGAACAAGAUGAGGCUUUGAGCCUUGUCGUGACUCCCAAGAAGAAACGCCAUAAGGUCACAGACACUCGCAUCACUCCUCGAUCUGUGUCCAGAGCCCUGGGAUCCGAGCCAGAUCUGACCAAGAACCCUUUCGGUAUUCCUUUUCCUGGUCUCAAAAACGGGGAUUCUCAUUCGCCCAGACCCUUGUUCCCGGGUAUGACCCCACCGGGCAUUCUUCCGCAUGGCCUCCCUACGUCAGUGGCCAUUCCCAACCCCAGCCUUCAUGACUUCAAUCCCUUCUCUCCAUUUUUCAACCCUGCUGCUGCCGCGGCCGCCGCAGCCGCGGCAGCCAAUAUUCCACGAGUAACCAGUGCUAGCACACCCAUUCCUGCGGGUGGCAGCCCUUCUCCGUCAUCUCGAAAGGACCGUGAUUCUCCCCAGAUCCUUCAUCGAUCCUUCCGUCGUUCUGCAUCCCCUUCCUCCGUGGAUUUCGCAGCCAAUCUUCGAGAGGCCUCAGAGUCGGCCCAAGAGGAAUUCGAGAGGGUCCAAUCGUCGCUUCCUUACUCACUGUCAAGUUACUCUUUGGAAGCUCACAGCGCCACCCUGACUCCCAUGCAUCUAAGAAAAGCCAAAUUGAUGUUCUUCUGGGUUCGAUACCCGUCAUCGGCUAUUCUCAAAAUGUACUUCCCCGACAUUAAAUUUAACAAGAACAACACGGCCCAGCUAGUCAAGUGGUUCUCCAACUUUAGAGAGUUCUACUAUAUCCAAAUGGAGAAAUAUGCACGACAAGCCUUGAGUGAGGGCAUCAAGAACCCCGAGGACAUUCACGUGACUUUGGAGUCGGAAUUGUACCGUGUCCUCAAUCUCCAUUACAAUCGGAACAAUCAUAUUGAGGUUCCCGACCAUUUCUUACCCGUGGUUGAGGCCACUCUUCGGGAGUUCUUCUUGUCAAUCCGAGAUGGAAAGGACGCCGAGUCCAGCUGGAAGAAGCAGAUUUACAAAAUCAUCGCCAGAUACGACGAGCCCAUUCCGGAGUACUUCAAAACUCCUGAUUUCCUCAAGCAAUUGGAAUGAAGAGACCAAAACAUUCUUAACCCCCCCCCCCUCCUGCAAAAACCCGCAACCAUGCAAGCAAGACAUAUCGCCAAAAAUUGAACGCGCAUCCCCUUGAAACCAAAGAACACUUCUCCUCUUCUUCAUUCCUUCACGUUUUCACUCCCAUCCCCGCUGUGAGCUCCCCAUCCACAGGCAUAGUGAAUGCUUUCAAUGCAAAUAGAAAUUGCUGAAAAUGGUACCGACACACCCACUACUCACCCGAUCUGCCCUUCUCCAUGGGCUUAGAAAAAGAUGGUUCCAAUUUGGUUCACCACUAAAGGGAGACACAGUGCCUUUUGGAACGAGAAACAAUGGGAUGAUGAUGACAAUGAUGAUGAUGAUGAUGUUGACGUUAAUUAUUAAUACUAUUAUCAUUAUUAUAUGAAUGUAACAGUCAGCUGUACAUGCAUUGUUACUAAUGAUCAUCACGAAGACGCUGACGAAUGCAGAUUGAAGCCAAAAAUGUACAUAGUUUAUUAGAGCAUUUAUCUCUUUUUCCUCCUCCCCCCUCUCUCGCUCUCUCUCGCAUCUCUUUCUCUCUCUCUUUUUGCAUUUCUCUCAACAUGUCUGUAAUACUACAUUCUUAUAUAUAAAUAUCUAACGGAUGCCGCUGCUAAAGAAUAUUACUAUUAUGAAUAUUGAUUGCUUGAAAUCGAUUCCAAUUAUUCAUGUCAUCCUGGUUCAUAUAUCCAAAGAAACUCUCACCUCAUCCUUUUUUGUAUCAUAACUCUUUCGUUAUAUCAAGACACAAGGCCCUUGUUUCAAGAUCAUCAUGAGUUAAAUCUAAUCAACAUCUGCACCUCAAAUUCACCCAGCUCGCCACCCUUUUUCUGAUUUGGAACUUCCACUUUCCCUUCUCGCUUCUUGAUCGAUUUUUGUUUUAACUUUCUUAUUUCAAUUUUUCCGCCAUUUUUUUAGCAUGUUCUUCCCAGAAGAAAGAAGAACUUUUGCGUGUGUGAUGAGUAGCCUAGUCACACAGUCAACUCUAAAUACCUCUCCCCAUGAUUUAUUUUUGCGUGUGUUGAUGAUUAGUCAAUAUGUUAUUUUUUCGUCCAAUACUUUUGUUCUGCGUAAUCACACCCCUUUCACUGAUCUUUAAACACUCCACAUGAACUGGUAGUAGUACAAUUGCCUUUUUUCUCCCAUUAGUAAUUACAAUUUUUGAUUUCUUACUAGAUCACGUCCACUCUACCCACUAAUCACCACUAUGUACAAUUGUAACACAACAUACAAUGUUUGAACCAAAAUAAAUUACCACAAAUGAGAA